UUUGCAGAUUCAGAUCCGCCAAUUAUCUAUAACCAUCCGCCUCUAUCGACUUUCUAACAAUCAGAUCAUUUUUACAUUACAAAAAUCAACAUGUCUUCGAUUGUUCCAACUAAAUCCGCAGACUGGUGGAAGUGGAAUACUGCUGAUUUGCAACGCAAAGCAAGAGCUACGAGAUCUUCUGACGCACAAGAUUAUGCAGAUAGAGGUGCCGCCGCAAGUAUACUAGCUGGACGAAAAAAUUGGACACCUGAGCAAUUGCGAGCCAAAGCAGAGGCUUCAAGAUAUGAUUACGAUGAUUAUGACGAUAAAGUCGUGGCACAAGCUAUAAGGGAGAGAGACCGGGAAAACGCUUUAAAGGAACCGCUGAAUUUUGAAAGAUUGUCGUUGAGUGAUAGGGCCCCGGGACGCGGUGUUCAGGAAAGCUCCAGACGUCCCUCAGAAAGGAUGCCAGCACCUACCAGUUCCAACGCUGGGCGCCAAAAUGGCGGCAACAGCGCUACUAUCCCAGCCUCAAACACAAGCACUGGUAGAACAUCAUCACAAAGAAAUACCCCAGCCCCAAGCACAAGCACUGGCAAAGAACCAUCACAUAGAAGUACCCCAGCCCCAAGCACAACUGCUGGCCAAGCAACAUCAAGUCGGGAGAGACAGAGCGCUAAAGGACAAACACAGACCAAGCGCGACCGCAGCAAAACACGAGGGUCUCAACCAUCAAAAAUACUUGCUAAUAUCCUUCCAGUGCCGAGCCUGGCAACCACCAGUAGGGCUAGUAGACAACCACAGAGCAGUAGCGUAGGGCCUCCUAGUACAGAUGGACAACACCCAACUGAGCAUAGAUGCCAUAUUGGUGCUUGCUUGACCAGGACUGAUGGUAAAAAUAUAUUGUCACGUCAGGAUGCAUUAGUAAGACAUUACAGACUUGUUCAUCCUGAAAGCCAGGAAGGUCAGAAGUCCCAGGAGGCAUAUGAGAAAAGGAAACGAAAUUAAUACACCUUGGAUAUUAUAGGCGUUCACUGAUGCCCUAUGGGUUUGAAUAGUGUCGAGAGACUCCACAACUUAGGCUUGUAGGCACAAUUUUGUUUUUUGAAUAUCAUUUG